AUGAAUCUUGUCAAAGUAGCAAAAGCACGUUUGCAAAUAAUGAGGGAAGAAGGUUGGGAAGUUUUGCUUACUGAUGUUUCUAAGUUUUGUGACAAAUAUGAGAUAAUUGUGCUUGAUAUGGAUAAUGAGUUUGUACCUCGAGGAAGAGUACGUAGAACUCAAAAAAUGAAGAAUCUCCACUAUUAUCGAGUUGAGAUAUUUUGUUCUGUGAUUGACAUGCAAGCUCAAGAGUUAAAUCAUCGUUUUGGUGAAACUAACACGGACUUACUUUUAUGUAUGGCAUGUUUCGAUCCUAGAGAUUCAUUUUCUGCAUUUGAUUUGGAGAAGCUGCUUCGCCUUGCUAGUUAUUAUCCAUCAGAAUUUUCUGGAGUUGCUUUGGAUGAGCUUGAAAAUCAACUUCAAAGCUUUAUUUUUGAUAUGCGGAUAGAUGAAAAUUUUUCACAGGUAUCUAGAAUCGGCGGUCUUGCUCAGAAGAUGGUUUCUACAAGAAAGCAUGAAAUCUUCCCAUUGGUUUAUUUGUUAGUCAAGUUGUCAUUGAUCUUGCCGGUUGCUACUGCCUCAGUGGAAAGAGCAUUUUCAGCAAUGAAAUUCAUCAAGAGUUCUCUACGUAAUAGUAUGGGAGACCAACUGUUACAAGAUUGCUUAGUUCCUUACAUUGAAAAUGAUGUCUUUGUUAAUGUUACUAAUGAAACUAUUAUGCAGCGAUUCCAGAAGAUGCAGAAUAGAAGAGAAAUGUUAUGA